AUGGAUUCGCGACCACGUCCCGCCAACCGUGGCGAGUUUCGUAUCACCAUCAUCUGUGCUCUCCCGCAGGAGGCUGAUACCAUUAUCCUGCUAUUCGACCAAAAAUGGGGUAAGGAGGAGAGCUAUAGCCAUACAGAGGGCGAUCAGAACCACUACACCACCAGUCGUAUCGGACAGCACGAUAUUAUCUUGGCCUAUCUCCCAGGCAUGGGUACCCAGAAUGCAGCAGCUGCGGCGGCAAGCAUGAAGACCAGCUUUUACGGGCUAAAGAUGGCACUCCUCGUCGGAAUCUGUGGCGCAGUGCCCAGGAUUGGUGAUAAUGAUGUGAUGCUGGGAGACGUGAUUAUAAGCAACUGUAUUGUCCAGUACGACUACGGCAAGCAAUAUCCGGGCCAUUUUGAAACAAGGCCGACACUCGCUGGACCAGACAGGGAUCUUUUGGGCCUGAUUUCUGCCCUAGAUACGGACCAUGUCAGGCUAUGGCUAAAGAAAAAGGCGAGGAGCCAUCUGAAAGUAUUGCAGCACGAAGCUGCUUCGUCCGAGUCGGAGACGGGACGACGUCGCCGUGCAAGCUACUUAUAUCCAGGCUUGAGACGAGACAGAUUGUUCCAAGCAGACUACGUUCAUAAGCACGACAGGAAUUGCCAUAAAUGCCGCAAAGGCUUCUGCGAAAAAGCGUCGAAGGCCUCAUGCUCUGCUCUCAGGUGCGAUAAGUCGAAGCUGAUUUCAAGAAAGGUAUAUGGCAUUGACGGCCAAAACUAUCAGUCAGAGAUAUUCAUCGGGCGAGUGGGCUCUGCGAAUACUGUGAUGAAAUCUGGAAAGGAUAGGGAUCGGAUUGCUGCUGCGCAUGACCUUAUUGCCUUUGAGAUGGAAGGCGCUGGUAUUCUGGACCAAGUCCCAUGCAUUGUGAUCAAGGGUGUUUGCGACUAUGCAGAUAGCCACAAGAAUAAGACGUGGCAGGACUUUGCCGCUGCCACAGCCGCGUCUGUGAUGAAAGCGGUUUUGCAGAGAUAUGACUGCGAUGAUAGGUUCGCUACUCACAGCCGGCCAAUGUCACCAAUGCUCACUCUCUGCCAUACCAUCCCGUAUACUCGGAAUCGCCAUGUUAUCAUGCGCCAGGAAGUGGCAGAGAGAUUGAAAACCCUUUUACCACAAACAGCUUCAUAUUCUGAGGCUGCGCUUUGGGGGUUAGGUGGGUCAGGAAAGACUCAAAUCGCCUUGGAAUACGCAUAUCAGCGAUGGGACUCUAAAAACACUUUUGUAUUCUGGGUACAUGCAGAUACAGAAGCCACUUUUAUGCAGGAUUACAAACAUAUUGCGCGUAAACUCAGGUUGGGCGAGUCACUGAAGGGCGAGCAGCUUUUGGAGGCUGUAUGUGAGAAGAUGGAGUCACUUCCACGCUGGUCACUCAUUAUCGACAAUGCAGAUGACAUCAAUUUGUACGGAGAUUCUGGGGAGAGAUGCACGAGAAGGGAUUCCUUGAAAAGAUUCAUCCCGAAGUCUGCCAGAGAGUCCGCCGCAGUAGUCUGGACAAGCCGCGAUGAGAAGAUUGUCGGCACUUUGGUUGGGGUAGGGUGCGGCAUCGAAAUAGCCGGAAUGAACGCUUCCGAAGCUCGGGCCUUGUUCGAAAUCACGACAAAUAUAACGUUAACUGAUGGCGAUACACAAGCCGACGCCGAAACUCAGAGGCUUUUCAAUGAGCUACAAUGGCUAGCGCUGCCCAUAAGUCAAGCCGGAGCAUUUAUGAAGCGGACCUCAACUUCAGCGGGUGAGUAUUUGGCUCUUCUCUCAGAUGAUAACCAUCGUUGGGAGCUUCUCCAGUCAAGUGAGGCUGCAUCAACCCAAAGGCACAGUAGACUCGGUGUACCCAACAGUGUCCCGGGCACAUGGCGCAUAUCCAUCGAGCGGAUCCGAGAGGAGAACAAGCUGGCUUCUCAUAUAUUGCACGUUCUGUCUUACCUAGGUAAUAAGAACAUUUCGCACGCCAUUAUGGAAGCAGCAGCAAAGUAUUACGGCAAAAGUGCUGCUCGUGACCGCACAUCCCAAGCAUCUUACCUAGGGCAUCGGGUUAUGAUAGACGACGAUAGUCCUAGCUCACGAAACUUAGAUGUCAUGAGAGCUGUAUCGAGGCUUAAGGAGUACUCAUUCGUUCGAGUGGAGGUAAGACGAGACGGGAAAACUUAUGAGAUCCACAAGCUCGUUCAAGAUGCUGCUCGAUAUGGAUUACGCUUGCGAUCACUGGCAGACUCCCAAAACAGCACUAGGCAGCACAGGGGCUAG